AUGGACUCCGACAACGGCAAGACCAACAUCGACAUCGAGUCGAAGGGUGAUGAUGAACGCACUGGACGCUCUACACGGAUCACCUUCGAGGAGUCCUCUUCCCCAGAUGGUGCUCGGUCCAUCUACCAGCCAAUUCCGGUCACUCGGACCCGUUCGCUGAGCCGGGACAGCACCAGGACCAGCCUCCACGGAGCCGCUGAGAUCCCCAUCGAGUUCCGAACCCUGUCCAUCCAGAUAUCGGAAUCCCAAACCGCACCUAAAGAAGAUAUUCACAAUGUCGCACACAAGGACAAGCAGCCACACCAAGACUACUUUGAGAGCUUGGAUUUUCACAUCAUUGCCCCCGAGAAGCUGUGCCAGGAGUUCAACGUCGAUCGACGUACUGGGCUAAGCUCAUCUGCGGCAGCCACACGUCUGGAGCGGGAUGGCAAGAAUGUCAUUGCCCAUCAUCGGGAGAACUAUAUCAAGAAGAUCUUUUUCUACGUCUUUGGUGGUUUCUGCUCUGUUCUUUGGGUUGGUGUUGUCAUCUUCUUCAUCUGCUGGAAGCCACUCAGCGAUCCACCCUCUCCUCAGAAUCUUGCCAUGGCUGUUCUCAUUCUCAUCGUCAUUGUUUUGCAAGCUAGCUUCUCGGCUUUCCAAGAUUGGUCCACGAAGCGUGUCAUGAACUCGAUCCUGAACCUCCUACCCGCAGAAGCAAUGGUGAUGCGCGACGAGAAACUGAUUCGUCUCCCUGCCACUGAGCUGGUCGCUGGUGAUGUUGUUCAUAUUGGCAUGGGAAACAAAGUCCCAGCCGAUAUGCGCCUUCUCUCCAGCUCUGGCGAUGUUCGCUUCGACCGUGCCAUUCUGACUGGCGAGUCCGAUGAGAUUGAAGGCACCAUCGACCACACUGAUUCCAACUUCCUGGAGACUCGGAACAUUGCCCUCAUGGGGACCGUUGUCACCAAUGGUAAUGCCAUUGGGGUCGUCGUUCUGACAGGCUCUUGCUCCGUGAUGGGCCGCAUCGCGUCCAUGACAGCUGGCGUUAAGCAAAAGCCAACCUUGAUCCAACGUGAGAUCAACCGCUUCGUCACCAUCAUUGUAGUUCUGACAGUCUGUUUGGCCUUGCUGAUCCUUUUCACCUGGCUGGGCUGGCUGCACAAGGACCAUCCUUCCUAUAUGAGUGUUGUUGCCAUGUUGAACAAUGUCAUGGGGUGUAUCGUUGCCUUCAUUCCCGAAGGUGUGCCUGUUGCCGUCGCAUUGACCCUCAUGAUGAUCGCUCAACGAAUGAAGAAGACGAACAUCUUGCCUAAGGGUCUUUCCACCGUCGAGACUCUGGGAUGUGUCAAUGUGCUCUGCUCCGACAAGACUGGUACUCUUACCCAGAACCGCAUGUUUGUCAAGUCUCUUGGAAUGGUAGAUCGGGAAUAUAGCCUCGAGGAUCUGAUGUCUGGAGCGCUCGGAAAGGUUGAGCUUCCUGAAGGCCUGUGUGAUAUGCUGCGGGCAUCUGUCUUAUGCAAUGAUGCAACAUUCGACCCGACCACGCUGAGCCUGCCCAUCCAUGAACGUGCUGUCAACGGCAAUGCUACCGACGCAGCAGUUUUGAGAUUUGGCGAAAGUGUUGGACUCACAUCUCCUACGCUCUUGGCUGAAUACGAACGUGUGCAUCAGGUUCCCUUCAACUCGAAGAACAAAUGGAUGCUUACCUUGCACCGUGACCCUAAAUCUACCAAAGAGUUCAUCAUUUACGUCAAGGGAGCACCAGAUGUCCUGUUGGAUCGUUGUGCGACCUACUGGUCUGCAGUUCAUAAUGCGGUUCGCCCACUCGAUACCGAGGCUCGAGAGAGAUUUUCAGACUUCCAAGUUAAACUGUCACGGCGUGCAGAGCGGGUAAUUGUCAUCUGUCAGCGCCGUUACAUCCCUCGUUCUGCUCCUGGCUCCAACGAAUUCAGCGACGAGAUGAUCGAACAUGGUGUGCAGGAUCUCACAGUUCUCGGUAUCUUCGGUAUUGUUGAUCCCCCACGCACGGAGACGGCCUCGACUGUUGCAGCUUGUCGCAGGGCUGGCAUUCGCUUCUUCAUGGUGACUGGCGAUUUUGGAUUGACUGCGGCUGCCAUUGCUCGCGAGAUUGGAAUCUUUGACGGAAAAGCUGAGCCGGACACCGCUGAAGAUCUAAAGGAUAAACUGGAAAAGUCUAUGGACGUCGAAGUCCCCAAAUCACGACACAGCCUGCUUCUUGAAGGUCCUAACUUGUCAUCACUCACUUCGGAAAACUGGGACAGAGUGUGCAGCUAUGAUGAGAUUGUCUUUGCUCGUACUACCCCGGAACAGAAACUUCGGAUUGUGACAGAGCUGCAAGCUCGCGGCUAUGUGGUAGCCGUGACCGGCGACGGUGUCAACGAUGCCCCAGCACUGCGCGCAGCAGACGUAGGCGUUGCAGUUGGAUCUGGCAGCGACGUGGCUAUCGAGGCGGCCGAUCUGGUCCUCUUGGACCGAUUCGAUUCUAUCAUUGAGGCCAUUCGCCUUGGCCGAUUGGUCUUCCAAAACCUGCAGAAGGUUAUUGCCUACCUACUACCAGCUGGUAGUUGGUCCGAGAUCUGGCCCGUUCUAAUGAACGUUUUCUUCGGCUGCCCUGCACCCCUCAGCGUGUUCCUCAUGAUCAUCGUGUGUGUCUUCACCGAUCUAUUCGUCUCUCUCUCUUUGAUCAUGGAGAAAGAGGAGUUCGAUCUCCUCAGCCUACCCCCACGUCGCCCAACCAAGGACCAUCUCAUCAACCUCCGCAUCUAUGGCCAGGCAUACCUAUUCGUGGGUGUGAUGGAAACCCUCAGCGCUCACGCCAUGUUCUUCCUGUACAUGCACCGCCACGCCGGAAUUACCUUCAACGAGCUCAUCUUCGCCUUCGAGAGCUUCGAUGAAGGUUUCCAUGGCUAUACCAAGGAUGAGCUAACCAAUUUCACCAACGUGGGCCAGUGCGUCUACUUCGUGGCCCUGGUUAUCAUGCAAUGGGGCAACGUCCUAUCCGUCCGCAGCAAGCGCAUGUCCCUCCUCCAGGCCGAUCCGAUCCGUCCUGCCCGUCGCAAUCCAUGGCUUCCGCUUUCCAUGCUCAUUUCACUGAUUAUCGCUAUCUUCGUUACCGAAGUCCCCGGUAUCCAGAACUUGUUCAGCACCGCUAGCGUCCCCAUCGAGUUCUGGUGUAUCCCUAUCGGUCUCGCAAUGGGUAUCCUCUGUAUGGAUGAGUUGCGUAAGGUCCUGGUCCGCAUGUUCCCCAAGGGACCUGUGGCUUGGGCUUCGUGGUAG